AACAAUUCAUUUGAAAAUAAGUAUUCAAAUCUCUUCGAAGAGUUAUCACCAAUCGGUUCGGGAGGCUUCGGAACUGUAUAUAAAGUAAAACAUAAAAUUGAUAAACAGUUAUAUGCCGUCAAAAUAUUAAAGUUUGAAAAUGUAAUUGAUGAAUACUUAACAUAUAUUUAUAAUGAAAUGGAAACUCUAAAACAAAAGCGUUCAGAAUAUGUGGUAAAAUAUUUCAAUUCAUGGAGAGAUGAUAAUAUAAUAUACACUCGGAUGGAGUUAUGUUCACAAAAUCUAAAGAAUAUUCUGGAAGUAAAGCCACAGGUAUUUGAUCGACAAUCAGGCGAAGCUAUGGAUUGUGUCGAGUAUUUCAUUUCGUGUGAAAUAUACCGUCAGAUUUUAGAAUCUGUUCAGUAUUUGCAUGAAUUGAAUCCACAGAUUAUUCACAGAGACCUCAAACCAGAAAACAUAUUAAUUACCGAAAAUGUAAGGAACGGUAGAUUUAUUAAGUUAUGUGACUUUGGUUUGGCUACAGUUCACGACAAACGCAUUCAUUAUCGAACAUCUAACAAACACACGCCUGGUGUGUGUACAUUAAAAUACCAGGCACCCGAAAUUGUACAGGGCAACAAAUAUGGGCAUAAAGCAGAUAUCUAUAGUCUUGCAUUAAUUGGGGGAGAACUAUUUGAACUCGAUACUAAUGAG